GUAAAGACUGUUCAACUUAGUAUCUGCGGCAGUUAAGAAGUCUACGCUCUGUCGCGACCUGCCCACUGCAGCAGGGGACAAACAUAGGGCUUUUCGGAAGGGUGGAGCAAGCGUGCCUCACUCCUAGAAUUGCCCAUUUGUUGUAUAUACAUUACGACAGACUAGCCUUUCCUGGGCUUAACUGCGAAAACCCCGCCAUCUCGCAGCGGUUCUCGAGCCUGUGAGAACCGCUGGAGGGCGCUUGCAGCAAUGGUCGACCCUACAAAGAGUCCAGAGCCGGCUGGAGGGGACGGAGCCGAUGCACAGGCUACCAAGCGGCGACGAGUGGGCUCCGCCAGCGCCACCCCGGCAACAACGCCCCCGACCAGCCAACUAGGCCCGGGCGGGGCGGUGGCUGGGGGCGCGGCAGUGGACGGCGUGGACUCGCGGCCCGGCGCCGCGGGCCCCGCAGUGGCUGCCGCACCCUCUGGCGCGGUGCCCAUCGGCAAGGGCGCCAAAGUGGUGGGCAAGGGCGGCAACCUGGUUCUGCGGCGCGGUGGCGACCGGGGUGGGGGCGGUGGCGGCGAGAAGGCGCGCGGCGGCCGGGGUGCCGGCGCGGAUGACGGCGCCGAGUCGGGGUCCAUCCUGGUGCAGGGCAAGAACGGAGAUGUACGUCUGCCGCUGGACAUUGGCACACGGGUGGACUGCAAGUGGCGUGACGGCGCCUUCCACACCGUGCGCGUCAUCGAGCGCCGCAACCUGGGCACGCCCAACGACCCGCGCGCCUGGGACUACUACGUCCACUACAUCGGAUUCAACCGGCGCAUGGACGAGUGGGUGACGCUGCCGCAGCUGGACCUGUCCACAGCCGAGGUGGAGCAACCUCAGGAAGGCCCCGCCGACAAGAAAGGCCAGAAGAAGAAGCAGGCGGCUGAGGAGCACGACAGCGACAGCGAGCACGCCGACUUCGACCCCAACGCGCUGAGGGAGCACGAGGAGUUCACCAAGGUGAAGAACAUCGAGACCAUCGAGUUGGGCCGGCACCAGAUGGACACCUGGUAUUUCUCGCCCUUCCCUCCCGAGUACAAGGACUGCAAGAAGCUCUACUUCUGUGAGUUCAGCCUGCACUUCUUCAAGCGGCGCACCCAGAUGCUGCGGCACAUGAAGAAGUGCACCAUGCGCCACCCGCCCGGUAACGAGAUUUACCGCAACAACAGCGUGUGCAUGUUCGAGGUGGACGGCAAGAAGGAGAAGGCGUUCUGCCAGAACCUGUGCUACCUGGCCAAGCUGUUCCUGGACCACAAGACGCUCUACUACGACGUGGACUUGUUCCUGUUCUACAUCCUGUGCGAGAUCGACGAGCGCGGUGCGCACAUCGUGGGCUACUUCAGCAAGGAGAAGUGCAGCGAGGAGGGCUACAACCUCGCCUGCAUCCUCACGCUGCCCGCCUACCAGCGCAAGGGCUACGGCAAAUUCCUCAUCUCCAUGAGCUACGAGCUGUCCAAGCUGGAGGGCAAGGUGGGCACGCCCGAGCGCCCGCUGUCCGACCUGGGCCGCGUGUCGUACCACGGCUACUGGACACGCGAGCUGCUGGCCAUUCUGAAGGACACGGAGGGCUCCAUCAGCAUCAAGGAGCUCAGCGAGAUGACGGCCAUCAAGCCAGACGACAUCAUCAACACGUUCCAGACAUUGGGGCUUAUCCAAUACCAGAAAGGCCAGCACGUCAUCUGUGCCGCGCCCAAGCUGAUCGAGAAGCACCUCAAGGCGGCGGGCGGGCCGGGCCUGGUGGUGGACGCCAGCAAGAUCGUGUGGACGCCCUACAACGCCGAGCGCGACUACGCCGACUUCGGCCGCCGCUGAUGCGACUGAGCAGCAGCAGGGCCGAUGCGGAGGAGCAGCGCAGAGUGCUAGGGGCUGUGGCAAUGUGUGGUUAAGGCGGAUGGUGGACAUGAAUGCUGCAGAAAGGUGGGAGGCUCCUGCGGGCUACGGCAGAGGUGCGCGCACACAGGGAGGCUGGGCUUGGUGUACAGGGCCACUUGAGUGCGUGAUGCGGCGACUGGUUAGGCGGCGCGGCGUGAGCGUGCUACUGGGAUCGAGAGCAUAAUGUACUAGGCGAAGUGGUAGGUGUCAAGAACGGAAUGACUAGGUUCAGGACCUCCUCCGGGCUGGCGGCUCAGGGGCGGAGGCACUUAAGAGUUGGGGCGUGGGGAUGCCCCACGAUGGUGGCUGGCCGGCUCGGCAUCGCUGAAUACGCAAUUGCAGAUCUGCUCAAGACAGCGCUACUUAUUUUAUUUGUAUGUAAAGCCAACAAACU